AUGGCUGCAAGUUCUGCAUCGUUGGCUUUCAGAAGCCGUCUCCACACAAGCUCUCGAGCCUUGUCCCUUUCCCGUUGCCAUCAUCGGCCAUCGCUUUUGCAACGACAAGGUGGCCUGCGAUCACUGAUCAACAAGAGAGAUGCAUCGACAGGUGAGGAUUUGAAAAAAGAAGUUUCCAAGAAGGCGAGUGAAGUUCCUAAGAAGGCGGGCAAUGGGCUCAGGAAGACAGUCUUGGGUACCUCUUUGCUUUUCACCCUCCUCGCCGGUUACGUCUACUUCACCGAUACCAGAGCGAGCAUCCACAGAUACGGCGUGGUUCCAAUCGUCAGGCUUAUAUUCCCGGAUGCGGAGGAUGCUCACCACGAAGGUGUAAAGGGGCUUAAGAGACUAUAUGAUUUGGGCUUGAACCCUCGCGAACGUGGUAAUCCGGAUGCCGAUGGUGUCCUGGCGACUGAGGUGUUUGGCUACACACUAGCUAAUCCUAUCGGCAUUUCCGGUGGUUUGGAUAAACACGCCGAGAUCCCCGACCCGCUAUUUGAAUUGGGAGCUGCGGUUGUCGAAGUUGGAGGAACGACACCAUUGCCCCAGGAAGGAAACCCACGUCCUCGUGUCUUUCGCCUUCCCUCUCAGUGUGCCAUGAUCAACCGUUAUGGUCUCAACUCGAAGGGUGCCGACCACAUGGCUGCUGUCCUGAAACAGCGCGUUCGUGAAUUCGCCUAUGCUAGUGGGUUUGGCCUUCACGAUGUUGCUGAAAAGCUGGUGCUGGAUGGUGAAGCGGGUGUUCCUCCUGGAAGUUUGGUUCCUGGAAAACUGCUUGCCGUGCAGAUCGCGAAGAACAAGCUCACACCCGAUUCGGACAUCGAAGCAGUGAAGCGCGACUAUGUCUACUGUGUGGACCGCCUUGCGAAGUACGCGGACAUCCUAGUUGUGAACGUUUCCAGCCCCAACACUCCUGGCCUGCGCGACCUCCAAGCUUCAGCACCCCUGACUGCCAUCUUGAAAGGCGUCGUGGGCGCUGCAAAGAGCAUUGACCGCAAGACCAAACCCUUUGUCAUGGUCAAGGUGAGCCCAGACGAAGACUCUGAUGAACAGAUCACCGGAGUCUGUGAUGCUGUCUGGAAAUCCGGUGUUGACGGUGUCAUCGUUGGAAACACCACGAACCGCCGUCCGGAUCCCCUGCCCAAGGGAUUCACUCUCCCCCCGCAGGAACAGGAAGUUCUAAAGGAGACUGGAGGAUACUCUGGACCUCAGCUGUUUGACCGUACCGUAGCACUCGUAGCUCGCUACCGUGAGAAGCUCGAUGAAGGUCCUGUCACCGAGGCACACCAGAGCGCAAAGGAGGUCACUGCAGGCGCACAAGCCGCAGAGCCAGAUCAGGAAAACAUACCGACUUCUUCUUCUCCAUCUGAGAUCUCUCGAAAAGUGAUCUUUGCGAGCGGUGGUAUCACAAACGGCAAGCAAGCACUCUCUGUGCUCGAUGCAGGUGCCUCUGUCGCGAUGAUGUAUACUGCUAUUACCUACGGUGGAGUGGGAACAGUCACACGUGUCAAGCAGGAGAUGCGCGAGGAGAAAAAGAAGCUUGGAAAAUAG